UGCCCACCAAGUCCCAACAAGUGGCCUCUGGUCUUCAGCGGUCUCCGCUUACUAUUCCCUCCAUUCUUGAUCACGUCGCCCUCAAUCGUAAACGCACAUCUUCUAAUGAUAAAGAUUAAAAAAAAGAGAAAUGAAACUUCGUUCAUGCACCCAAUUCGAUGCCCUUCCUCUAUAUAUACCCUCAUCUUCUCCCUUCUUUCCUCACUCACACACCUCAUUCUGCACAUCAAAGCACCCAGAAUCAGGAAGGAAAUUUCAAAUUCUUCAAAAAUGCCUACUUCUACUUCUUCUUCUCUCAAUUUGGUUUCUAAAUGCAUAGUUUACCCUGAACAGAGCUCCACAAUCCGUAAGCUUAAGCUUUCGGUCUCUGACCUCCCUAUGCUCUCAUGUAACUACAUUCAAAAGGGGGUUUUGCUUACAUACCCUCCAUACUCCUUCCACGACCUCAUAGUCUUCCUUAAACAAUCCCUUUCCGCCACUCUGUCUCACUUUCCACCACUGGCUGGGCGGUUGACCACCGACCCCGACGGCCACGUUCACAUCCUCUGCAACGACGCAGGGGUUGACUUCCUUCAGGUUGAAGCCUUGUAUCUUUCCAUCAAUGACAUUCUUUCUCCAACCCAUGUCCCUGAUUGCUUCAAGCAAUUCUUCACCUUAGAUAGGACCAUCAGCUAUUCCGGCCACUCCAAACCCCUGGCUGCCGUUCAGGUGACUGAGCUGGCAGAUGGGGUUUUCAUAGGGUGCACGGUUAACCACGCCGUGACCGACGGGACAUCAUUCUGGCAUUUCUUCAACACAUUUGCGGGAAUUUGCAAUGGAGUCCAAAAGAUACCGGAAUCCCCUGAUUUUUGCCGCAACACGCUGUUUAACUCUAAUGCCGUCCUUAGGUUCCCUCCUGGCGGCCCUAAGGCUACCUUUUCCGGUGAUGAGCCGCUGCGCGAGAGAAUAUUCCAUUUUAGCAGAGAAUCAAUUCUGAAACUCAAAUACAAAGCCAAUUGCGGCGGCCUGUUGGGGAAGCAACCAAGUUCCGAGGUAUUGGGAAAGGCUUGUAAUGGCAGUUGGAAAACCGUUAACGGCGAAACUAACGGUUUAUCUAACGGCAAGAUUAAGAUCACCAAUCGAACGGCUGAAAUUUCGUCGUUUCAAUCACUGUGCGCUCAGCUUUGGCGCUCGGUGACACGUGCGAGGAAGCUGGAUCCUUCCAAAACGACGACGUUUAGAAUGGCUGUGAACUGCAGGCCCAGGCUCGAGCCACGGCUCGACGCGUUCUACUUCGGCAACGCGAUACAGAGCAUUCCGACCGUUGCUCCGGCGGGGGAGCUUCUGUCUCGGGAUUUGAGCUGGGGAGCGGAUCUGCUCCACAAAAACGUGGUUGCGCACGGCGAUGCUACGGUGCGCAAAGGCGUAGCGAAUUGGGAGAGGGACCCGCGACUGUUUCCGCUAGGGAACUUCGACGGUGCAUCCAUUACCAUGGGUAGCUCCCCCAGAUUCCCAAUGUACGAUAACGACUUCGGGUGGGGCCGGCCUCUGGCUAUCCGUAGCGGCAAGGCCAAUAAGUUCGACGGCAAGACCUCAGCCUUUCCUGGGAGGGAAGGAAACGGAGCCGUCGAUCUGGAGGUUGUCCUGGCACCGGAGACGAUGACCGGACUGGAGAACGAUGUUGAGUUUAUGCAAUACGUAUCGGCGAUCGUGUGAGUAAUUACACGGUCGUAAAACCUUCAGCAGUCAUCGUUUGUUUACUUGAUAUUGGACAGUCCGAAUCCAGCGUGUCUGGCGUCUUUUCGCUGUUUUAUUUCGCCUGUGGGUGUAUUUCUCUCAUUCAGCAUCUGUACACGUUGAAGUUUUCAUAAUUUUUUUUUUAAUCU